AUGCAAUCCAUACGCGUGGCCCUUCGCGCCGCCUCGAGCAUCCGUACAUUCUCGACCUCCCGAGGCCUCCGCUCGGAGUUGUCCUUCCAGGUUUUCGGGCCGGAAAAGGAGGAAGCCAGCCGCAGCCCGAUCGUCUUUCUGCAUGGCCUGUUCGGUUCGAAACAGAACAAUCGGAGUAUUAGCCGGGCCUUGGCACGUGACCUCAACCGUCAGAUCUUCACGCUGGAUCUCCGGAAUCAUGGCCAAUCAUUCCAUGCGAAAGAGCAUAACUACUCGGUUAUGGCAGAGGACGUGACCAAGUUCAUUCACCAGCAGAACCUGGACCAGUGUAUUCUCAUCGGUCAUUCCAUGGGUGCGAAGACUGCCAUGGCCGUGGCUCUUGAUUCACCCAAUUUGGUCUCGGCUUUAAUCCCCGUGGACAAUGCGCCUGUCAACGCGGCGCUGAAGAGUGACUUUGGCAAGUACGUUGAAGGCAUGCAACAUGUCGAGACCGAGAAAGUUAGCAAGCAAUCAGAGGCAGACAAGAUUCUCCAAGGUUACGAAGAGUCUCUGCCCAUUCGUCAAUUCCUCCUGACCAACCUGGUCCGCUCGGAAGAAGGCAAGACGAUGAAAUUCCGCGUGCCACUUUCUGUGAUCGGCUCCUCUCUCGACAACAUGGCAGGCUUCCCGUACCAGGAAGCCGACCUGGUCAAGUACGAGGGCCCGACGCUUUUCGUUAGAGGCACGAAAAGUCGAUACGUUAGCGAUAAAUCGAUCCCCGCCAUCAAAAAGUUCUUCCCCCAUGCUCAAAUAGCCGAUGUGGAGGCAGGCCACUGGUUGAUCUCGGAGAACCCGGAAGCUUUCAGACAAGUCGUUGUUAAGUUUUUGCAAGAAACACCCUAG